UAAAUAGAGUUAUGAUCGUAUUUUUUUAACCAACAUCUCCCCCCUUCUUCUCCUAAAAAACUUGUAGGUAUAAUUACUUUCCAGCGCAAAUCCAUCUAUCUCUUUACGAAAAUUUCGAAGUUGUUUUUCCUGGAAAAAAAAAAAAGAAAAGAAAAGAAAACGAAACCAGAAAGAAAGCCUCUCUACAUCUCAAUCUCCUGAUUAGAGAAAAUAUAUAAAAAAGGAAGAUGGGCGUGAAGCAAGCUAUAAAAAGCCUGGAUGCGUUUCCUCGUGCGGAGGAACAUUUGUUGCAGAAGACGCAGUCGGGAGCUCUAGUCUCGAUCGUUGGUUUAGUGAUAAUGGCCGCGCUGUUCAUUCACGAGCUUACGUAUUAUCUUACUACUUAUACCGUUCAUCAGAUGUCAGUAGACUUGAAACGUGGGGAAACACUUCCAAUUCACAUUAAUAUGACAUUUCCUUCAUUACCUUGUGAUGUCUUAAGUGUAGAUGCCAUUGACAUGUCAGGCAAGCACGAAGUGGAUCUUGAUACUAACAUAUGGAAACUUCGCCUGAACAGUCAUGGUCAUAUCAUUGGGACUGAAUAUUUGUCCGACCUUGUGGAAAAGGAGCAUGCAGCUGACAAGCAUGAUAUUGUCCUUGGUGUUGCACAUCUACUUUAUGGUUUUAAUUUAAUUUAUCUUUUUGAUGAUGAGAAGGAACAUCAUGAUGAUUCUAACAAGAAGUUUCAAGCACUUGGCUUCGAUCAAGAAGCGGAAAACAUGAUCAAGAAGGUGAAGCAAGCACUGGUCAAUGGAGAAGGAUGCCGGGUUUAUGGGGUAUUAGAUGUCCAAAGGGUGGCUGGAAACUUCCACAUUUCAGUUCAUGGGUUAAACAUUAAUGUUGCUCAAAUGAUCUUUGGAGGAGCAACACAUGUCAAUGUAAGUCAUAUGAUUCAUGAUUUAUCAUUCGGGCCAAAAUAUCCAGGACUUCACAACCCGCUUGAUGGUACUGUGCGGAUUUUGCAUGAUACUAGUGGAACAUUCAAGUAUUACAUAAAGAUUGUCCCUACUGAGUACAGAUAUAUCUCAAAGGAAGUUUUGCCAACAAAUCAGUUCUCCGUUACAGAAUAUUUUUCCCCUAUGAAUGAGUUUGAUAGGACAUGGCCAGCUGUUUACUUUUUAUAUGAUCUGUCACCAAUCACUGUGACUAUAAAAGAAGAGUGCCAAAGCUUUCUCCAUUUCAUCACUCGACUUUGUGCAGUAUUGGGAGGGACAUUUGCUUUAACAGGAAUGCUAGAUCGUUGGAUGUAUAGGCUUCUUGAAGGACUGACUAAACCAAGCGCUAGGGGUGGUGUGUAUCGGUAGAGUUUUGGAGUACAAAAACAACAUUAACUCACAUGUGCACCUUUCGGUAGAAUUCUGAAUUGGUGGAAAUCACUGGCUUCUGAUCAUAGCAUCCUGACCUUAGAAUGCAGAGAGUGUGGAUUAAAAGAAUGUAUACAACCUAUAGUCUGUGACUUGGUAAAUUAUUCCAUGCAGUGUUCUUUCUUA